GGCGCUGCACCCGAGGGCCCCUGCCCGCCCGCCGCUCACUUGUGCAGGCUUUAUGGACCGCAGUUCGAAGAGGAGACAAGUGAAGCCUUUGGCAGCUUCGCUGCUGGAAGCUUUAGAUUAUGAUAGCUCUGAUGACAGUGAUUUUAAAGUUGGAGAUGCUUCAGAUUCUGAAGGAAGUGGUCAUGGGAGUGAAGAUGCAUCAAAGGACAGUGGUGAAGGUUCCUGUACUGAAUCAGAAGAAAAUAUCUUGGAGGAGGAACCAGCAGAAGAGAAAGUAGAAGAGCAACAGCCAAAAAGCUCCACUGAAGAAGAGGUGCCAACAGCAGACAAAGAGGUAAUUAAAACUGAAAAGAAAGAGCAAGAAGAUGAAGAAGAAAAGCCAAAAAAGAAGAAAGAGAAGGAGAAAGCAGCUGAACCUGAUGUUGUGGCUGAUGAGCAAACAAAUGAACCAAAAAAAUGGAAUUUACGCAGGAACCGACCUUUGCUGGAUUUUGUAUCAAUGGAAGAACUAAAUGAUAUGGAUGACUACGAUAGUGAAGAUGACAAUGACUGGCGGCCUACUGCUGAGAAAAAAAAAGGAAAAAACGCACUGCGAAAAGAGGGGAGUGAUGGAGAUAAUGAGGAUGAUGAAGAUGAUGGGAGCGGAAGUGAUGAGGAUGACAAUGAUGAGGAAGGUAAUGAAGAAGAUAAUAGCAGCACAGCUAGUGAUGGAGGAUCCAAGAAGAAGAAGAGUAAAGUUCUUAACAGGAAUAAUGCAGAUGAUGAGGAAUUGACAAAUGAUAGCCUGGCUCUUUCACAAAGCAAGAGUAAUGAGGACUCAUUGAUCCUUGAGAAGUCUCAAAAUUGGAGUUCCCAGAAAAUGGACCAUAUUUUGAUUUGUUGCGUUUGUCUUGGAGAUAACAGUGAAGAUGCUGAUGAAAUAAUCCAGUGUGACAACUGUGGAAUAACAGUGCAUGAAGGUUGCUAUGGUGUUGAUGGAGAGAGUGACUCUAUCAUGAGCUCAGCUUCAGAAAAUUCCACAGAACCUUGGUUUUGUGAUGCAUGCAAAUGUGGCGUCACACCUAGUUGUGAAUUGUGUCCUAACCAGGAUGGGAUCUUCAAGGAGACUGAUGCAGGCAGGUGGGUCCAUAUUGUUUGUGCCCUCUAUGUUCCAGGAGUGGCAUUUGGAGAUAUUGACAAACUGCGGCCAGUAACGCUUACAGAAAUGAAUUAUUCAAAGUAUGGUGCCAAGGAAUGCAGUUUUUGUGAAGAUCCUCGUUUUGCCAGAACUGGUGUAUGCAUUAGUUGUGAUGCUGGGAUGUGCAGAGCUUAUUUCCAUGUGACCUGCGCUCAGAAGGAAGGCCUCCUCUCAGAAGCAGCAGCAGAAGAGGAUAUAGCUGACCCUUUUUUUGCUUAUUGUAAACAGCAUGCGGACAGGUUAGACAGAAAAUGGAAGCGGAAGAACUACUUGGCAUUACAAUCUUACUGUAAAAUGUCCUUGCAGGAAAGAGAAAAACAGCUUUCACCAGAAGCUCAGGCUCGAAUCAAUGCCAGGCUACAGCAGUAUCGUGCCAAGGCGGAGCUGGCCCGCACCACCAGGCCUCAGGCCUGGGUUCCCAGGGAGAAGCUACCACGACCACUUACUAGCAGUGCUUCAGCCAUACGUAAGCUUAUGCGCAAAGCUGAAUUAAUGGGAAUUAGUACAGACAUUUUUCCAGUGGAUACUUCAGAUACUAGUUCCAGUGUUGAUGGAAGAAGAAAACAUAAACAACCAGCUCUCACUGCUGAUUUUGUGAAUUAUUACCUUGAGAGAAAUAUGCGCAUGAUUCAAAUCCAGGAGAAUAUGGCUGAACAGAAGAAUAUCAAGGAUAAAUUAGAAAAUGAGCAAGAAAAGCUUCAUGUGGAGUAUAAUAAGCUGUGUGAGUCCUUGGAAGAGCUACAAAAUUUGAAUGGAAAACUGCGAAAUGAAGGGCAAGGCAUUUGGGCUCUGCUGGGUAGAAUCAUUGGACAGAAAUUGAACAUACCAGCAAUUUUACGUGCUCCUAAGGAAAGGAAACCAAGUAAAAAGGAAGGAGGAACACAAAAGACAUCUACACUUCCAGCUGUACUUUAUAGUUGUGGAAUUUGCAAGAAGAACCAUGAUCAACACCUACUGCUACUGUGUGAUACUUGUAAACUCCAUUAUCAUCUUGGUUGCCUGGAUCCACCUCUUACAAGGAUGCCAAGGAAGACCAAGAACAGUUACUGGCAGUGCUCAGAGUGUGACCAGGCAGGUAGCAGUGACAUGGAGGCUGAUAUCGCCAUGGAAACCUUACCAGAUGGGACCAAAAGAUCAAGGAGACAGAUUAAAGAACCAGUGAAAUUUGUUCCUCAGGAUGUGCCACCAGAACCGAAGAAAAUUCCAAUCAGAAACACGAGAACUAGAGGACGAAAACGAAGCUUUGUGCCUGAAGAAGAAAAACCUGAGGAACGGAUUCCCAGAGAAAGAAGACAACGACAGUCUGUUCUACAAAAGAAGCCCAAGUCGGAGGAUUUAAGGACUGAAUGUGCUACCUGCAAAGGGACUGGAGACAACGAAAAUCUAGUCAGGUGUGAUGAAUGCAGGCUUUGCUAUCAUUUUGGCUGUCUAGACCCUCCCUUGAAAAAGUCUCCUAAACAGACUGGCUAUGGAUGGAUUUGUCAGGAAUGUGACUCUACAUCCUCCAAAGACUCCGAGCCGUCAAAUGAGGUGGUCUCAGAGGCCCCAGGUAAUGUGGUACCCUCUACCUCAAGAAGUAGCUCUGAAGAGCUGGUAUCGGUGGCACAGAAACGUCCAGAAGAGGAAGAUGAAAAUGAAGCUGAGGCAGAAAAUCCAUCUCAGGACCUGAAUUUGGAACAGAAAAAAUCAAAAAAAUAGGAGAUUGCUGUCUUGUUUGAAAUAUUUGCAAGUUGUGUAACAGUGAUUAUAGUUUCUCAUUGUAAAAUUAACAAAAAAAGUUCUCAAUAAAGUCAUUGAAAAUUAAAUUCAUGCUGCACUGGGGAAUUAAUUAAGUAGCUCCUGGUGAUAUUCUUGAUUGCAUUAAAAGCUGAAUUAUCAGAACUGAGCACCAUACCAAUAAAAUUCUAAAAGCUUUUUGAACACGGUAUAGAAAGCUGAUGGGUUAUUCAUCACUAAUAACAUUU